UAAAAAAUUUAAAGUCCCCACUCCACUAGUGGAACGAAUAGCUUGCAGUUUCACCGCAUUAAAUGGCUAUAAAUGUUCAAAAAACUAAUCGUGCAGUGUAAUGCAGUUAGUUCAGCUAUCCAUAACAAAUUACAUUCUUAAUUAAGAAAAAUAUUAUUAUUUUUUCUUUAAAAAAAUCGUAAUAAUUCGAGACAGUCGCUAUAAAUACGAGCUAGUUUUACACCAUUUCCUUCCCACGAAUAUCUUCGUCUUCAAUAAAAGCAACACUUUCGCGCUCUCUCUCUCUCCCUCUUUUUCUCUCUCUAGUCUUCCCAAUAGGCAUAGUUUCCCGGCCGGAUCGGAGGUGCUAGAGAGUCCAAUAACUGCAAUUAUUGUUCCUCGCUUUCUUAUUCAGCGCAUGAAUUACGAGGUAAUAUAAAUAUUACAUUUAUUCUCACACAGUGACGGAUACAGCAUAGGGCCAUGGGGGCCAUGACCCCCCAUUUCUUAACUCUCUAUUAUUUUAUAUAGAUAUAUGAUUUUUUAUCGUGUAAAUUAGUAUUAACGGCUCCCUCUCAGAAUUUUUUAAUGCAUUCGGCCCUCCAGACUGUAAAUUCUGGCUCCGCUAGUGCUGUUACACACACACACUUGCAAUAUUUGUAUGUAUUGGUGCAAAUUAUUGCAUUUUUAGUGGCUAACGGUUUCAUCGCCUUUUUCUCAUUUUUCGGUUGGCAGUUUGAGGUAUAAUGUUGCAGAGAAAAAUGGCGAGAGCUCCAAUAAUAUUAUUGAUAGGUGUAAUUGUAGCGGUGUGUUACUCCACAGCCAUAGCAAAUGCAGAAGAGUACAUGAAAUACAAAGAUCCGAAACAACCGAUAAACAAGAGAAUCAGAGACCUUAUGGAAAGAAUGACCUUGGAGGAGAAGAUCGGCCAAAUGACUCAAAUCGAACGCACCGUAGCCGCCGACCACGUCCUCAAAAAAUACUCUAUAGGUAGUAUAUUGAGCGGCGGAGGCAGCGUGCCAGCUUCACAUGCAUCGGCCGAGACGUGGAUCGAUAUGGUUAAUCAUUUCCAAAAGAACGCGUUAAUGCAGCGUCUCGGUAUACCGAUGAUUUACGCUAUUGAUGCUGUUCAUGGCAACAAUAAUGUUUACAAGGCGACGAUUUUCCCCCACAACGUUGGUCUCGGUGCUACAAGAGAUCCUGAAUUGGUCAAGAGAAUCGGAGCUGCAACUGCUCUUGAAGUCAGAGCUACCGGCAUUCCUUACGCUUUCGCACCUUGCAUUGCGGUAUGCAGAGAUCCAAGAUGGGGUAGGUGUUACGAGAGCUAUAGCGAAGAUCCAAAGGUAGUUCGAUCAAUGACCGAGAUUAUCCCUGGCUUACAAGGCGAUAUACCUGCCGGUUCUCCAAAGGGUGUUCCCUAUGUCGGAGGCCCAGACAAGGUAAUGGCAUGCGCGAAGCACUACGUUGGUGACGGUGGAACGGUGAAAGGCAUAAACGAGAACAACACGAUCGCCAGCUGGCAUGAAUUGCUCGGCAUUCAUAUGCCAGCCUAUUACGAUUCCGUCAUCAAGGGUGUGUCGACCGUCAUGGUUUCUUACUCAAGCUGGAACGGUGUUAAAAUGCACGCUAAUCGCGAUUUAAUCACCGGAUUUCUCAAGAAAGCACAGCGCUUCAGAGGAUUCGUGAUCACGGAUUGGCAGGCGAUUGACAAAAUGACUACCCCGCCUCACGCAAACUAUACAUACUCGAUUGAAACUUCGAUUAAUGCUGGAAUCGAUAUGGUGAUGGUUCCUUACAACUACACGGAGUUCAUUGAUGGACUAACGUACUUGGUGAAUAAUAACUUCGUUUCGAUGAGCCGAAUCGACGAUGCUGUCAAGAGGAUUCUGAGGGUUAAAUUCACAAUGGGACUUUUUGAAAAUCCAAUGGCUGAUUACAGCAUGGCCAAGCACUUAGGCAGUCAGGAAAACAGAGAAGUGGCAAGAGAAGCUGUAAGAAAAUCUCUGGUGCUUCUCAAGAACGGCAAAUCCGGUGACAAGCCAUUGCUCCCGCUUCCCAAGAAAGCAUCGAGGAUUCUUGUUGCUGGGACCCACGCGAACGAUAUAGGCAACCAAUGUGGCGGUUGGACGAUCGAGUGGCACGGGAAGAGCGGCAACACGACAGCUGGCACCACCAUCUUGUCCGCAGUGAGGAACGCGGUCGACCCGGAAACCACGGUCUCCUUCAGGGUCGACCCGGAUCCGGAAUUCGUGAAAUCCGGCAAAUUUGAGUACGCGGUCGUCGUAGUGGGGGAGGUGCCUUACUCGGAGACGUACGGCGACAACCUUAACUUGACACUACCCGACCCGGGUUACGGUAUCAUAAACAACGUGUGCUCCUCGGUGAAAUGUGUGGUGGUUCUCGUGACGGGUCGACCCGUUGUUAUCGAGCCGUAUCUUGGGGGUAUGGAUGCGGUUGUGGCUGCUUGGUUGCCCGGAUCGGAAGGACAAGGAGUUGCUGAUGUUUUGUUCGGUGACUACGGUUUUACGGGGAAGCUUCCGAUCACGUGGUUCAAGAAUGUGGAUCAGCUUCCGAUGAACUUUGGCGAUCCGCAUUACGACCCGUUGUUUCCCUUCGGAUAUGGGCUCACCACGGAACCCGUGAAGGCUAAUUAAUGUUAGGUAGAAAACCUGAUUACGAGGUUGUCUGAUCUCUUGGUUUUUUUUUUCCGGUUGUGUGUAAGUACAUAUUAUGUGUUAGGCUGUGUCUUCUGUUUUUGUUUGGAAUGGGGUUGUAAAUGCCCUAUGCUGUGUAUAUAUAUGUUUUUGAAGCAUCAAUCAAACUACAUAUUUUGAUA